AUUUUAUCCAUUAGUGUUUGUGAAUUGGUUUCGUAUGAAGUCAGAGUCAUUGUAUAGACUUGAGUUCGUAUGAGACGUUGAGUUCAGUAGUGGUUGAUCGAAUGCACGGAAAGUGUGGGUAUAGACAAGAUCGUGUUUGGUUAAGUUUCUUAUUACUAAGUUUUUCAAUAAUCAGAAAAAUCGGUUUCCAACGGCGUCAUAAAAUAAUAAAUUUAAUAUUCGUGAUAAAACCGGCUAUUCUACGAUAGGUAUUCCUAUCUUUAACUAUUUAGAACUUGUGUGACACACCUCCAAAGAACUUUUCUUUUUUUACAAAAUACAAAAAAAAAGUAUUCCAAAUAUUUGUGAGCAUUAUUUUUAAUAUUUUUGAAUUGACAUAUGAAUUGUGGAUCAAUAUUAUAAUGUAUCGUAAUAAAAACAAUUUAGAAGAAAUUAUAAUCAAGUGUUCUCAUGACAGUGUGAAAUAAAAUGUUGUAAUAGUGGUGUUCUUUUUUUAAAAUAUACGUUAUUUCGUGGCGGGAAAUUUAUUUUUGAAGAAGCAGACGUCACCAGAAAGUGCAAGAGACCUGUUGGCGAAGAGAACGAAGAGAAUAAGAAAGGAAAACGGAAACGAGCAGCGGAAACAGAAAUCGUGAUAUCGACAAAGGAAAAAGAGGUUUCGGCUGUGGAAACGAAACGGAAAACCAUGGAACACACGCUAACAAGAUGCGAUACUCGUUUACCAAAAAUCACACCAAUUAUUGAUGACUAUGAGAUCAGUAAUCAAGUGCUCGGUCUUGGAAUAAACGGAAAAGUUGUUCAAUGUUAUGACAAAAAUACCAGGGAAAAAUAUGCGCUCAAGGUACUAUAUGAUUGUGUAAAAGCACGAAGAGAAGUUGAAUUACAUUGGAGAGCAUCAAAUUGCAAGCAUAUAGUACAAGUCAAAGAUGUGUAUGAAAAUACAUAUAGUGGAAAUAAAUGUUUAUUAGUUGUUAUGGAAUGCAUGGAAGGAGGAGAAUUGUUUGAAAGAAUACAAGAUAGGCAAGAUGGUGCUUUCACAGAGAGAGAAGCUGCACAAAUAAUGUAUGAAAUUUGUGUUGCUGUAAAGCAUCUACAUGACAUGAAUAUUGCACAUAGGGAUCUUAAACCAGAAAAUUUAUUGUAUUCUAAACCUGAUAGUACUGGAAUAUUAAAACUUACUGAUUUUGGUUUUGCAAAAGAAACAUAUUUGAAAGAUACAUUACAAACUCCAUGUUAUACACCAUAUUAUGUUGCUCCUGAAGUUUUGGGACCAGAAAAAUAUGAUAAAAGCUGUGAUAUAUGGUCACUUGGAGUUAUUAUGUAUAUACUAUUAUGUGGUUUUCCACCUUUCUAUAGUAAUCAUGGUUUAGCAAUUUCGCCAGGAAUGAAGAAAAGAAUUCGAUUAGGUCAAUAUGAUUUUCCAGCUCCUGAAUGGUCAAAUGUGAGCACAGAAGCAAAAAAUCUUAUUAAAGGUAUGCUAUGUACAGAUCCAGCUCAAAGACUUCAAAUUGAUGAAGUUAUGCGCAAUAAAUGGAUUGCUCAAUAUACGGAAGUACCUCCUACACCUUUACAUACUGGUCGUGUACUUCGGGAAGGUGAAGAACUUUGGCCAGAAGUUCAAGAAGAAAUGACACGGUCCUUAGCUACGAUGCGUGUAGACUACGAUACAGCAAAUUUAAAACAAUUAGAUCAUACGAAUAAUGCGUUAUUAAACAAACGCAGACGAGCGAAACAGUCGAAUGCUGUACCACCUGCUAAUCCUACGCCAGCAUCCUAGGAAGACCCAAUAAGAGCUAAUCAACGCUGGUAUGUUUUUUUACGAAGAUGUAUAAGGUAUAAUAUAAUUACUAUGAGAAUUGUUUUUUGAUAUUUAUAUAAUGAAAAAUAUCAAAAAUUGCAAUGCAAAAUAAUCUUGAAAAAAGUUAUAUACACUAAAAUAUUAGACAUUAUAUUCAAAGUUGCAUUCUAAGCCAUUUUAAAAAAUAAUACGAAUUCCACUAUACUGACUCUAGAAAUAACAAUAAAUUGCAUAAAUAAAUACUAUUACAUAUUUGUCUAUGAUUCUAGAAAACAUUUUUAAAAUGCUAAUUAGUUAUAAUUGUUAAAUUACAAAAGCAUAAUUACUGUUACUUACAAAGAAAAAAAAUACUUAAAAAAUAUUUUCUCUUAUGAUGCAUUUUUCGUUUUAAAUAGCAACGUGAUACAAAUUUAAACAUUUGAUAACACAGAAAUAUAAAAUAAAUAUAGAAAUCAAUUAAUAAAAUAUAAGUAAAUAAUAUAUUUAAUCAUAAUUAAUUAAAAUUUAUAUUUAUUGAUGAAACGUUUAUAUGAAAAUCGUUUUGUCAUUAGUAGUUAUAUAUAUAAUAAAUUCAUUAUUCAUAUUGAAAAGAAAUAAAGUAUAAAAAAAUAUUUUUCAUUUCUAAAUAAAAUUUUAGACUUCAUAAUGAAGCUUGAUUAUCUAAUAUGAAAAACAUCACUUCUUAGCAGCUUCUUAUUGAUUUACUUAAAUUAUAAUUUAUAAAAUUAUAAUUAUAUAAUUUUAUAAUUAAAUUAAAUUAUAAUUAUAUAAAUUAUAAUUUAUUAAAAAAUUUUAAUUUAUAUAGUGGUAUUUUCUAUAUUAUUUUUAAAUUAUUAAAUUACUUAUUUAUCAUAUAUAAAGAAAAAAUAUUUUGCAUCAUACAAGUUUUAAUGACGCGUUUUUGAGUUUUUAUCUUUGUACAGUUAAAAAUCAUAUAAACUAUAAAAAUAAUGUUCAACUAAAAAAUAAUGGGAAAAACGUGUCAUGUAUUUUAGUGAUAUUUUGACUGAGGCUGAAUACAUGUAAGAAUCUUUAUAACUGUUGCAAGGUGCUAAGAUAUUGCCCUAUUAUUUUUUAGAUGUUAAAAUAGAUGCUAAAAUAUCAUCAUUUCCUAAUUUUUUAAAUAAAUACAAUUUAUAAUAAGAUGAAUUUUAGAAAUAAAGAUGUACACAUUGCAUAAUAAAUGUAGUAAUUAUAUUUUUUUUAGAUAUAUUAUAAAGUAAAAUAGAAAUGAAUUUAGAUAAAAAAUGCCUUAAUCAAUAUGUGAGGUCAAUUUUUAGUUUAGUAUUCAAUUAGUAUGAUUAAAUACAGAUUUAGACAACACAUAAUUCGAGGUAAUCAAAUCUCAUAAAUCAUUAUUUCUUCUAAAAUAACGAAUACGAAUGUAAAUAUUAUAUACGAAGUAUUUUUAAUAAGAUACUUGUAAUUGAAGUCAUGGUUAUUCAUAUUAUGAUUCUAUAAAUAAGUAUUAAAAAGAUUUAAUAGUUGAAAAUAGAUCUUAUGACUGAUAAAAUGACAAAAUUAAGUCUUAAUUGUUUCCACAAUUCUAUUCUAUAUAUCAUUAAGAUUUUUCAAAAGUAAUAAAAUUUAUUAUUAAGUAAUGUAUCAAUUUUAGAAUCGUGGAAACAAAACUUUUUUGAAAUAAAUAUGUGAUGGUUCAGCUCCUAAAUUUUAUUAAAAAUAAUAACUUUGAAGAUAAGUAUUGUUAAAAAAUAUUAAUUUAUCAAUACUAUUGUAAACUUACUUAAAACAUUACUAAUUCUGUAAAAUAUUUUUUAAUUUUUCAUAUAAAAAAUUAUUGUAUUGUAGUACUUUAUAUAUAACAUUGAUAGUACAAGUUUAUGAAUAUUAUUAGAAAAUAUAUGAAAAAAAUAUAUAAAUUAAUUUUUAUUUGAGCUGAACUAAAGUAUUAAAAUAUUUUUGUAAUGGAUGUUAAUUUGCACUGCAUUUAUAAAACUUGACAAUAAAUAGAAAAAAAUAUCAUUAAUUACUUAAAAUCGAUUAAUCAUUUAAUUAUAAUUCUAUUAUUAUUAAUCACCAUUCUUGACACUUCUGAAACAUAUUAUUUCACUAAUAUAAUUAUUGUAAAAGUUUCGAAAACUAUAACAAAACUAUAACAAAAAAAAAAAUAAAUAUAUAAAUUACUAUUAA